UCAGCUAUUGUUUAAAUAAGAUCUUGUAAAUCUGAGAAAAAGGAGAGUAAAGCGGCCGGUUUGAAAACUGAAAAAGCGUCUAUUUUGUUUGGUUUAAUUAUAAUGGCUUAGAAAUCGGAUUUCUGGUAGGUUAACAGCCGGUUAAAAUAACUUUUGACAGCGAGUGACCGUGUCUGCUGUCUGAGAGAUCCAGUUCCAAAUACACUCGGACCUCGUUGUUGACGGUCCGCCUCGGUUAACAGAGCUUGAAAUGGGAAAAAAAGCUCAGGUGAAACAGCAGAAAAGCAAAGAAUCGGAAAUGAACAAAGGUAAAGAGGCGAACUUGGAUUUGUCGAAACAGAAGAGGAACGAGCUAAAUCGCCUCAUUGACAAACUGCUCAAAGUAUCAAGCAUAAUUGUCGGGACUGGAAAAAUACGAGACAGCCACGUCGAAAUGGAAAAGCUUUUAGAGAAAAUAGUUGAGAUUGAAAAUGAAGUCAAUGUCGGCUUUCCAAGCCGUAACAGAGCGACGAUGAAAUCGUUGACAGAUUGGAUGCUUGAAAAUGGUUCUAAAAUUGACGGAGUCGAGAUAUGCGAAUUUGAAGGGUACGAUUAUGGAUUGAGGUCGUUGAAGGACAUAAACCAGAAUGACUUGAUGAUAUCCGUACCGAGGAAGUUGAUGAUGACGACGGAGUUUGCUCGCAAAAGUGAAUUAGAAUAUCUCAUGCAAAACGAUGCCUUGCUUGCUCACAUGCCCAGCAUGAGCCUGGCGUUGUUUCUCCUGUUAGAGAAAUUCCGUGGCAAUUCUUUCUGGGAGCCAUAUCUCAAUUCUCUCCCUUCUUCCUACAAUACAGUCAUGUAUUUUACCCUUGAUGAACUGGAUGCACUUAAAGGAUCACCGACUUAUGAACCUGCGUUAAAACAGUGUCAAAAUAUCGCAAGACAGUAUGGUUACCUUUACAGUUUAUUUUAUAACUCAAAUGAUGCUGCUAGUGCAAUACUUCGAAAAGUUUUUACUUAUGAACAAUACAGAAUUUUUGUUCACACGAUCCAGCUUUUCAAGCAUUAAACGGUCAUCAUCAGUGGAGCAGUUGCAAGCACGUCCUUUAGCAUGAAUUGAGAGGGAACCGAUCCAUCACCAACGCGAAAUUCCAAUAAGAAGUUGGUUUUUAACGCCGGUCAAUUUUGGACUUGCGAAAAACAAAUUACAA